CAAUUUAUUUAUCAAUCAAAGACUUUUUUUCCGUCUAAAACCCAAGAUUAUCAUAGUUCUCUCAAUCAGCGUGCUAAACCCUAACUAAACUGCUCUCUCUAACGCCGUAUUUUGAAUUGCACUCUUGGGCUUUCCUCAGUCGGUGUUGUUCAAACUCUGCGUCUGUGCAGAAUUUACCAGUGAAGAUGACGUCGCUCACUGGACUCAACGAGGAGAUCGUUCGUAGUAUGUCAAUUGGAGCUGUUUUCUCAGAUUUUGUUGGCAAGAUAAAUUCACUUGAUUUUCACCGCAAUGCUGAUUUAUUGGUUGCAGCUAGUGAGGAUGAUUCAGUGCGACUUUAUGACAUUGCAAAUGCCAAGUUGCUUAAGACCACAUAUCACAAGAAACAUGGCGCUGAUCGAAUAUGCUUUACUCACCAUCCGAGUUCUGUAAUAUGCUCGUCUAGUUAUAAUUUGGAUUCUACAGGAGAAUCCAUGCGGUAUCUAUCUAUGUAUGAUAACCGGUGCCUUCGUUACUUUAAGGGGCAUAAAGAGAGGGUUGUGUCCCUCUGCAUGUCUCCAGUAAAUGACAGCUUCAUGUCUGGUUCUCUUGACCACACUGUUAGAAUAUGGGACCUUCGCGUAAAUGCCUGCCAGGGAAUUUUACGUCUACGAGGCAGGCCUACAGUUGCCUAUGACCAACAAGGCCUCGUUUUUGUAGUAGCAAUGGAAGGGGGUGCUAUUAAAUUGUUUGAUUCACGAUCAUAUGACAAGGGACCCUUUGACACUUUUCUGGUUGGUGGAGAUACAGCGGAGGUCUCUGAUAUUAAAUUCAGCAAUGAUGGCAAAUCAGUGCUUUUGACAACCACAAGCCACAAUGUUUAUGUUCUUGAUGCAUAUGCCGGAGAGAAGCGGUGUGGGUUCAGUCUGGAUCCAUCUCCAAAUACAACAAUGGAGGCAACAUUUACGCCAGAUGGCCAGUAUGUGUUAUCAGGUAUUCGUCAAGUGAAAAGCGACUGUAGGUUAUGAUUCUACUACGUUUUUUGACAUAUGGUCUCUGAUUUUAUCUGGAAUCUGGUUCAGUUUAUUGCAUAAUUAUUGAAUUAGAUGACUGAAACUUCCAACUUGGAACAGCUAUCUUGUUCAGACUUACAGAUCAUUGGACACAUGAAUUAUGCCAUUUUGAUCUGCAAAUAUGCAGAUCCAUGGGCCACGACCAUCAAACUCUUGUGCUUUUCACAUUAGAUUUGUUCAAGUUGGAACUGAAGAAUGGUAUUUUGCUAGCGUGAAUGUUUAGUUUGUUGUAGUGGGAACUGAUAAUUAGUCCUUGUUUCUAUGAAAGGCUCAGGAGAUGGAACUUUGCAUGCUUGGGGCGUCUACACAGCACAUAAGGUGGCGAGCUGGGACUCUUAUAUAGGCGUUGUAUCUUGCUUGAAAUGGGCACCUCGGAGACUCAUGUUUGCCGCUGCAUCAACAGUUCUCACGUUUUGGAUACCCGACGAUUCAGACUCAUCCACACUACCUGAACAUACUUCUCAAUGAAUUCUUCUUCUUUCAUGACUUGGGCUUGAAUUCAAUGCACGGUUUUGCUUGCAUACGACCGCCCACUACAAAUUUUGAUUAUGUUGAUGUUUGGGAAAAUAAUCCUAGAAUUCUCAGACAGGCUUUUGUAUAAGUAUUAAUUACUAUUACCUCUUCGAAUUCUUAUCUUUUGGAAGAUUUUCCGUAUCCACAAUCUAAUUUUUUUUUUGGUUCCAA